GGCAAUUUCUUUGUUUCCUGAUAAUGAAUUGUUUACAAACCAUACAUUCAUAACCUUAGGUAGACGUUUCUGUCCUUGACCUUGAGGUGUACAAAUUCUGGUUAAAAAUGGUAAUAGUCUCGAUAAGUAUUAGAGGUUUUCUAAUUCUGUGUAGAAUUUUUUUUUUUUAGACCUUAGUUUGGUCAGGCAGCAAUGUUGUUUGGAGUCGAUCUUAUCUACUGUUGGACUCCCUGUCAGAGCAUGUCGCUUUGUAAGAGAAGUCGUACUGACCCAUUUCAUUUGGACUCAUUACUGCCAGUCCUGCUGCCCCUCUGGCUGUAUCGGACUGUCACGUUUCAUCACAUCACAUGGCCCUUCUCCACAGAGGAACCGGUUAUUCACUACCCUUCGAGAUCUAGCAUUAACCUCAAACGUCCUUUCGAGAUACCUGUGAUGCAGUGUUUGGGUCACUGAUUGCUCCCAAAUGUUUCUUUGACCCAUUUUUGAGCAAUUUCGAAGUGUAAAUUAGGCUUUUUACACUAAGAGUUAAUUCUGGAAAACUGUUUCCUGUUUUACAUUGUUCAAGAAUCCUCGUUACAAUUAAAAUCCCAAAGUCGCCUUUUUUAUUUGCAUAUUUAUGAGGUCAGCGGGAUUGAAUAUAGGCCUAGCUAGCGAGUGCACGCUACAAACUUGUCCAUCUGGAAAAAAUGUCGAAUAGUCUGUUUUGGAUGUUUUAAGUCCCCUAACAAAAAUGUACGCAAAAAGCUAACCUUUUUGGUGUUACUGUUCAUUUUCCGUUAACUCAGAAACUGAAACCGUGCGUGAAAGUUUCUGUGACUGUGCAGAGCGCGUGAAUAUGAUAAAGCACUGAGACAAUUUAUGAUUGGAUUUUUUUUGCAAAACACGUCGAUGUAACUAUAUAUCAGCUAUUUGCAUAUAUAUUUUUCAACAUUGAUAAUAUUUGUGGGCCACAAAUCUCUCUCUCUCUCUAAUACGUAAUACAUCAACGGAAACGUUAUAUUCAACGGAAAUGAAAAGACCCUUUGUCGAAAAUAGAAAGCCUUAACUUAAGCCUAUACUGGAUUUUAAUUUCAUAUUUUUUUCCAUAAAUAAUUGGUUCGCCUAAAUGUGUACUUCGAAAAGUUUGGGUUGUGAACAUGUGGACGUGGGCAGUCGUUUGUUUCUCCGCCGUCGUUUUCACCGCUGUGGAUGACGUCACUCAGUGUUUCAGCACUACUGCGCUGUCCAGCCUCUCUAUCUGGACUCGUCAACCGCUAGUGCUCUCUUUACCGGACAGCUGGUGAGAAUACUCCUCCUGACCGCCGCGCGAGACUAACUUUCCUCACAAUCGAUUCGUCACUGCAAACCUAACAAUCUGCGAUAGCGCCACAGAGCGCAUUCUGCUGAGAUCGGGUCCCGGUAGCGCAGCGGCAGUCCAGGAAGGAGCUGGCUAUGCUGUUUCUCUUGGCUUGAGUUUUUGGGGGGUAGCGUUUUGCUGCGGCGCUGUCCGUGACAUUGCGGUUGGAAGAGCCGCCGGUGGACCACGAAGAUGGCGGAGAACGCUGUCAACACCGCUGUCAGUACAACGACAGCAGUCACAAAAGUAAUGACAUCACCUUUAACUCCGGAAAAGAGAGCUCAAAGCAAUGGCCAUGCAUCACCAACUUACCAGAAAACCAACCAAGGCAGCCCUUCUAUAAAACACACUGAUGCUCUGACCCCACCCACUGUCACAGAAAAGAAAACUCAAACCAACGGGCACGCUUCACCUUCACGCCAUCCGGCCAAUACCAACUCACAUGCAGGUAAACAAUAUAUGGAGGGCUAUUUGAAUACAGAUGAUAGAAUGAGACUUGCCAAGGAGAGACGCGAGGAGAGGGAGAGGGGUUUGGCUGCACGGGAGCAAGCUAUAAAGGAGAAAGAAAGGCGGGCACAACUGCAGUAUGAGAAGACGGUGGAGGAGCGCUGGAAGCGGCUGGAGGAGCAGAGACAGAAGGAGGAGCUUCGCAGAGCAGCCGUGGAGGAGAAGAGAAGACAGCAGCUAGAGGAGGAGAAGGAGCGUCUGGAAGCUCUAAUGAGGAGAUCACUGGAGCGUAGCUUGCAGCUGGAGAACAGGAAUAAACGCUGGGCAUGGGGACCCAACGGCACCACUCAAGGUGACUGGGAGAAUGCCCCGCCUUCUCUCUCUGCUGCCUCUGCUCUCCCCCAUGACCUCGCUGCCCCCUCUCCUGCUGCCAUCGAAUCAGGCAACGCCCAUCAUGGCUAUCUGAACUCUAUGGACAAAUUAAAAGUGAAUCGCCUCCUCACACACACACACUCCUCACUGGCUCACUGUAACAGUGCUGCAGAGCUGCAUCUGUCCUGUCUGCGCUGCAAAGUGCCCUCCAGUCCUCACAGAGGGUCACCAAGUCGAAGAAGAAACAAUCCUGUGCCAACAGAAGAAUCCAGUGGAACUCUCAGUGCCCCCAACACCCCCAAGAAGGAGAGAUUGCGUAGAGAGAGGAGGACUGGCUCUCCGGCCACAGGUUCACCGGUUAGGCGAGCUAAAUCUCCUGCUGAUGUUACCCGGCGCUCUGCCUCACCUGCCACACCCAAGUUAUUGCCUAAGAGUCGUACUCAGUCACCCUGUACAGUGCGGCAGUAUCCACCUUCCCCUAUGAAACACAGACCCGCCACACCGGUCAGUGACAGCAACAGGAAGACAGAAGACAAGCAAGCUGAAAUUGUCAAAAGUCAGGAUCCGAAGGUGGGCAGGUCUCUCAAGGCUGAGAUCCAUCAGAACAAGAGCCCUAACAAUGAAAGUUUGGAUAAGGCACCAAAAAUGGAGACAACGGUUUCCAGCACACCACCUCCAGAAAGAAGAACAAUAAAGAUAGAAAAUCACAUUAAUGGGUCAAAGGAGAAGAAAAGUGUAGUUUUGGAAAGCCAACAGAAAAAUAAUGAAAAGCUGGAGACCCCUGAGAAAAAACAUCCCAAAUCAAACUGUAAUGAUGUGACUGCAAACAAGUGUGCAGAUCCUUCACCUGUGAACUCUCCUGGCAGGGUGGUUGCUGGAACGACAGAUGCUGAGGAGGCGUCUCGUCUGCUUGCAGAACGCAGGCGUCUGGCAAGAGUGCUGAAGGAACAGGAGGAGAAACAACGCAGGGAAUUGGAGGAGCAGGAAAAACUAAAGAGUGAGAGGCUUAAGAAGAGGCAGCUGGAGGAAAGAGCUCGACAAGAAGAGAAGGCUCGUCAAGCUGAGGAGGAGAAAUGUAGACAUGAGCAGGAACGGAAGAAGAGAGAGCAGGAGGAGAAAAAACAUAAGGAGAAGGAGCUUCAGGCCCAGAUGGAGAAAGAGAAAGAGGAGGCAGAGAUUCGUGCUCAGAAGGAUGCUAAGCGUCAGCGGCAGGAGAGAGAGAUUUUCAAACAGCAGGAGGAACAGGAAAGACAACAACGAAAAAAGAGAAUUGAAGAAAUAAUGAAGAGAACCAGGAAGGGUGACGGCGAGAUGAAGAGAGAGGACAGCCCAGAGCCUUUAUCUCCUGUCUCCCACCCCAUCUCUCCUCCAGGUGGUAACCAUUUGACCUCAAGUUCUGAAGUCAAAUCUCAGGCCAACCCCAUUCAGACAACCUCUGUGCAUGGCCAGAUCGACAAACAGGAGAGUCCAGGGAAAAGACCAGAGAAUGGAUGUUCGAAUGAACAGAUGAAGUCACCUGCUCACAUGCCCGCAAAAAAUCCCUUCUUGAACGGCCAAGUGAACAUUAACUCUACUGCAGUGAAAACAGAAGAGAAAGGAAAGGUAAGUGAAGAGAAUGCCAAGACUAUUAGACAAGAGAGCGAGCAGGUAAAGCCACAAAGUUUACAAGUGAAGGAAGAGAUAAAGCGAGAAGACACAUCAGCAGCAAAGGUGCAGGUAACCCCGCUGAAGAGCUCGCCUGAAAACACAGUAGCAAAUAUUAAGAGUAUUGUGAUGACAGACAGUAAACCCCAAGUUUACACCCAAGUGAAAGUACCUACAAAUAUUCCCACUCAUGAAUUACAGGAAAACUACCUGGCCAAUGGAAAAUGCCAAACUAUCACUCAGGUGGCCAAACAAGAGGCCAGUAACCAAGUGAAAACAGCUGAUCCUGUACAAAUGAAUGGGCAGGCCACAGCUCAGGGACCCAGGAAGGAUAUCACUGGGAAGAAAUCAGACAUCCCCCAUUCCAAUGGACAGGGGAGUUCAACGGUAACUGUCCCACAAGCAAAGACUUUCACUCAGGCCGGUAGACAUACGAUAACACAGGUGAAAUCAAAGGAGGGAGGGAAUGACAACCUACCCUCUUCAUUUACCUCCUUGCAAGAGUCAAAACCCCCUCUGCCUCUUAUUCGUCUGGACACUUUGGAGGGGAAGAGUGGAGCGGCAGAGGACUCUGCAGAUGAAGUGCAGUACAUGGAGGUUAGCCCUGUUUCGAGGGAGGAGUUAAUUUCCAUCCCAGAAUUCUCCCCAGUGAACUCUCCGCAGCAGAAUGGAAUGAAUAACAUGCGUGCUCUAGAGGACCUGUUGGAUCUGACAGGACAAGUAGCUUAUCCCAGACUCUCUCCUGCUGCUAGCUUGGGUGACUGCAACAAGAAUCUAAUAGAAGGGGUCUGUAGCCCUGGAUCCGAUUCUAAACUCAUCCCUCCAUCCUCUGACAAACACCAUGUACAAUAAGGUAAUGUGACAGACUACAUUGGUGCAGCUGACUGCAAUGGGAUAACUACUCAUCUCUUUUGACAAAAAAGGAAAGAAACACUGCUGGGCAUGAGUGUGAAAUUUGUCCGUCUAGUUUCAAUGUUGUCCUCAUUAAAAAUGAAGUCCUUCUGCCUGUAAUCUUUACAGCACAAAAACCAAUGUGUAUUGAAGCUGUGGUUCGAUAUUAUGGACAGAAUUUAAUUCAUGUGUGAAAUGUUCACUAGACGUGUGUGUUGUGUGUAUGUUUAUAUACGUACAGAUGUGGAUGGCCAAAAUUGCUGGUAAGAGGGUUUGGACAUGAAGGUAUCUUAUGCCAGAGUUCAACAUUUUCCAAUGACAUCGUCAUCACUGGAUAGAGACAGAACACUGAUUGGUUACUCUUAUAUUUCAGGAAGCAUAACUGUAUGAAGUAUGAAAUAGUGUGAAAUAAUAACUCUUUGUAGUUAGAAAUACAUGAUAGAAAGGUUUCUUUGCAAGUCGAUUCUCUCUCUCAUUUGUAACAGUAUUAUUAUAAACUGUUUUGUUGAGUAAUUGCUGUGUAUUUUAAGCUCAACUAACAUUUCCUGCAUUGCAUCACUGUAUUGAACCCCUAAUUUUGCUAUUAAAUGCUUGUUCCGCAGGACAUUAGCACAUUAGAGAAAUAUGACCAUCAGUGAAUACAGCAUGUAUAUUAUAAAGAAUUAAAGGCGGUAAGCCCAUUUUAAAGCCCUAGUUUACCAGUAAUUAACUCAAUAUUAGUGUCACAUUAUUUUUCCGGUGUCAUCACUGUGCUUAACAGUGUAGUUUCAGUCUCAGAAGUUCUUGACAAAUGUAAACCAGUUAUAUUGUGAGUCCUGACUUUAUUCCUUAACAUUGAAGAAAGAUUCAAGAUUUGUGGUCCAAAGAUUGUGGUCCAAACCAAAAACCCAUUGGUGUGAUAGUCUAUGGGUGUUGCAGGUGUACAUGUUAGGAGUGGGUGGGUAUGAGAGUUGACGGCUUUGUGGUUUAAUUGUUCUAUAUAGUGUGGAUGCACAAAAAAAGCUUACUUGAAAAACUGUUUAAUUAGCCUGCAGGGAACUUCUGAACUUCCCCAAGUGUCUCAGCUUCAAUCUCUAAACACAGUACAGCAGUGAAGUUGUGAUUACUGUAGAUGAUGUGCAUGGUGGCAUGAGCAUCAAGCCAUAAUUAUAUGCCUAGAAAUAAACCAAUAAACUGUCUUUACAAGCUCAUGGCUCCUGUGCUUGAUAGAAUUGUCUCUGAAUUUAGUUCUAGCCGUCAAUAAAUUUUAAU